GUUAAACGUUUCCACACAGAAGUCAGUCAGUGAUGUUGAUGUUCAUCUAAAACGCGAUUAAUCUACAAUAAUUCUCAUUUACUGCCUCAGAUAUUCUCACAUGAGCAUUAGUGAUGUUGAAGUUUAAAUAUGGAGGCCACGUCAGUGUUAAAGAUCUGUCUGCUGUGGACUCCAUCACCAGCCGCUGCGCUCGACUCAAUCAGCUGCUGCAGGGAAAGUGCAGCGCGUCGGGUGUUUCCAGAGAAACUCUGAUUGAUGCUUUUCUGCUGCUCUAUCAAGAGUGCGCCACGCCAGAGCUCAUGAAGAUCAAACAUGUGGCCAACUUUGUCAAUAAAUAUUCUGAAUUAGUGGCUGAAGUUCAGGAACUGCUUCCUGGUAAGAAGGAUUUUGAGGUGAGGGGCAUCGUGGGAAGGGGACACUUCUCCGAGGUGCAGGUGGUGAAGGAGAAAGCUACAGGAGAUGUGUACGCCAUGAAGAUCAUGGACAAAACCAGCCUGCGUUCACAGGACAAUGUGGCAUUCUUUGAGGAAGAGCGAAGCAUCCUGGCCUUGAACCCAAGUCCCUGGAUCCCUCAGCUCCAGCACGCUUUCCAGAACCAGGACUAUGUCUAUCUGGUGAUGGAGUUUCUGCCCGGCGGUGACCUCAUGGCUUUGAUGAACAGAUAUGAAGAUCAGUUAGACGAGUCUAUGGCUCAGUUUUACCUGGCGGAGCUCGUGCAGGCCAUUCACUCGGUCCAUCAGAUGGGAUACGUGCACAGAGAUAUUAAACCAGAGAACGUUCUGAUCGACCGGACGGGUCACAUUAAACUGGUCGACUUUGGAUCGGCAGCCAGACUGACUUCUAACAGAACGGUCACAUGCUCCAAACUCCCGGUGGGCACUCAAGACUUCCUGGCCCCUGAGAUCCUGUCCACGCUCAGUGGAGGGCCGACGUGCAGCUACGGCCCCGAGAGCGACUGGUGGUCCCUGGGCAUCAUCGCUUAUGAAAUGAUCUACAUGAAAUCGCCCUUCGCUGACAGCACGUCCACAAAAACCAUCAACAACAUCAUGAACUUUCAGGUGAAUCUAGCAGCUUCUGCUGAGGUGUGGCAGCAGAGCGCGGGGUCAUCAGCCUCCAGAUCAAAAAUAAAACUGUCACCAGUCUUUUGCUAUGCCUUUGAUUAUGUACAGUCUGUUUUUCUCACCGACCACCUCACAGAUUUUCUCCUCUCGUCUCCUCCAGCGCUCCCUCCGUUCGUUCCGUCUCUGUGUUCUGAGGAUGACACCUCCAAUUUCGAGGAGCCCGAGAGGCCCCCCUGCCCCGCGGCCGCUGCCCAGCGAGAUCAUCCUCGCUCAGGCUUCCACGGACGAGACCUGCCCUUUGUAGGGUGGUGCUUCAGUCGGGCCCUGAGUGCACUGGCCAAGUCUGAAUCGGUUGGCACAGGGCUCAACUCUCCUGCCAAAACCAACUCCAUGGAAAAAAAACUGCACCUCAAAAGCAAAGAACUGCAAGACACUCAAGACAAAUGUCACAAGAUGGAGCAAGAGAUCUCACGGUUUCAGCGUAAGAUGACUGACCUGGAGUCAGUCCUCCAGCAGAAAGAUGUGGAGCUCAAAGCCUCCGAGACCCAGAGGAGCAUCCUGGAGCAGGACCUCGCCACCUACAUCACCGAAUGCAGCAGUCUGAAGCGCAGUCUGGAGCAGGCUCGUGUUGAAGUAUCGCAGGAAGAUGAUAAAGCUCUCCAGCUCCUCCAUGACAUCAGAGAACAGAGCAACAAACUCCAGGAGAUCAAGGAGCAGGAGUAUCACGCUCAGCUGGAGGAGAUGCAGGUGACCAUCAGACAGCUGGAGGAGGACCUGUCUGCCGCUCGCCGCCGCAGCGACCUGUACGAGACCGAGCUGCGAGAGUCACGGCUGACCAGCGAAGAGCUCAAGAGGAAAGCAGCCGAAUACCAGCAGAGGAUCCAGAAGACGAACGCUGAGCAGCAGCUGAAGAUCCAGGAGCUGCAGGAUAAACUCUCAAAGGUGCUGGAGGGCAGAAAGACUUUGGAAAACCAAGUGAAGCGUCUGGAGAUGGUGGAGCGUCGAGAGAAUAAACUGAAGGACGACAUCCAGACCAAGUCCCAACAGAUCCAACAGAUGGCUGAGAAGAUACUGGAGCUUGAGGAAAACCUGCGGGAGACUCAGACUACAGCGCAGAGGAUGGAAGCCCACCUGGUCCAGAAGGAGCGACUCUAUGAGGACAAAAUCAAGGUUCUGGAGACUCAGAUGAAGGCAGAUCUGGCAGAUAAAGACUGUCUGGAGCAGAAACGAGCUCAGCACGAGGAAGAGGCGCGUGAGAAAUGUAAACUCAUCAGUGAGCAGAAGGCUACCGUCAAAGCCAUGAACAACAAGAUGAAGAGUCUGGAGCAGCGGAUCGCUGAACUCUCCGAGGCCAAUAAACUGGCAGCCAACAGCAGCAUUUACACACAGAAAAACAUGAAAGCUCAGGAGGAGAUGAUCUCGGAGCUGCGGCAGCAGAAGUUUUACCUGGAGUCGCAGGCCGGAAAACUAGAAGCUCAGAAUGCCAAGCUGGAGGAACAUCUGGAGAAGAUGAGCCAGCAGGAGCAGAGCAGGAAGAGCCGCGUUCUGGAGCUAGAGACCAGACUCAGAGAGGCCCACAGAGAUGAGCUUCAGCGCAAGUUUGACGCGCUCCGAGACAGCUGCUCGGUGAUCACGGACCUGGAGGAGCAGCUGACCCAGCUGACCCAGGAGAACGCCGAACUGAACCGGCAGAACUUCUACCUGUCCAAACAGCUGGACGAGCUGACGGUGGAGAGCGAGGAGCGACUGCAGCUCAGUCAAGACGUGGACCAUCUACGCAGAGAGGUGGCCGACCGAGAGAUGCACCUCAACAACCAGAAACAGAACAUCGAGACUCUGAAGACCACAUGCAGCAUGCUGGAGGAGCAGGUGGUGGAGCUGGAGAGUCUGAACGAUGAGCUGCUGGAGAAGGAGAGACAGUGGGAGAACUGGAGAUCCGCUCUGGAGGACGAGAAGAGCCAGGCGGAGCGCAGAACCCGAGACAUACAGAGACUGCUGGACAACGAGAAGCAGAACAGGUUGCGAGCGGAUCAGCGCAGUACAGAGUCUCGGCAGGCGGUUGAGCUGGCGGUUCGUGAACACAAUGCUGAGAUCGUGGCUUUGCAGCAGGCGCUGAAAGAGCAGAGACUGAAAGCAGAAAGUCUGUCUGAUACUCUCAAUGACCUGGAGAAGAAACAUGCCAUGCUGGAGAUGAACGCUAGGAGCCUUCAGCAGAAACUCGAGACGGAGAGAGAACUCAAACAAAGACUCAUGGAAGAGCAAGGGAAGCUGCAGCAGCAGAUGGACCUGCAGAAGACACACAUCUUCAGACUGACGCAGGGCCUGCAGGACGCACUGGACCAGACCGACCUGCUGAAGACCGAGAGAACCGACCUAGAGUACCAGCUGGAGAACAUCCAGGCCGUCUACUCGCACGAAAAAGUGAAAAUGGAGGGAACCAUCUCACAGCAGACCAAACUCAUCGACUUUCUGCAGGCCAAGAUGGACCAGCCCACCAAGAAGAAGAAGGGUAUUUUCGGGCGGCGGCGUGAGGAGGUGGGCGUCACGGCUAACAGCGCCACCGCGGUCUCGUCUCAAUCCGCCGUUCCCUUGCAGUACGGCGACAUGAAAGCAGCGCUGGAGAAGGAGCGAGUGCGCUGCUCAGAGCUGGAGGAGGCGCUGCAGAAGAUGAGGAUCGAGCUGCGCUCCUUACGAGAAGAGGCGGCUCAUUUUAAAGUGCAGGAGCACAUGGCUCCGUCCACGCCGGCGUCGGCCCGUCAGCAGAUCCUCAUGUCGGCCAUUGUGAAAUCUCCGGAGCGCCAGCCCAAUCCCAGCAGCCUCCUGAACCCUUCCAGCUCGGCCCGCCGCAAAGAGAGCUCCACGCCGGAGGAGUACGGGCGGCGCGUGAAGGAGCGAAUGCAUCACAACAUCCCGCAUCGCUUCACGGUGGGGCUGAACAUGAGAGCCGCGAAAUGUGCCGUCUGUCUGGACACGGUGCACUUUGGCCGACAGGCUGCCACAUGUCUGGAGUGUCGUACUCUCUGCCACCCCAAGUGUUCCCCGUGUUUGCCGGCGACCUGCGGUCUUCCUGCUGAAUACGCCAUUCACUUCUCUGAGGCUCUGUGUCGGGAUAAAGCCAGCUCCCCUGCGCUGCAGGUCAAAGAGGCCUCGGGUCACAUGCGUCUGGAGGGCUGGAUGAAGCAGCCCAGGAACGGUAAGAGAGGGCAGCAGGGCUGGGAGAGGAAGUAUGUGGUGCUGGAUGGGACGAAGUUAUCGAUCUACGAGUCCGAGCCGACAGAAGACUCGGUGAAGCCGCUGGAGGAGUUUGAGCUGUGUUUGCUGGACGGUGAGGUGACGGUGCACGGAGCCGUCGGAACCUCGGAGCUCAUCAACACGGCCAAAUCAGAUAUCCCGUACGUGCUGAAGCUGGAGUCUCAUCCUCACACCACGUGUUGGCCGGGUCAGUCUCUGUACUUCAUGGCUCCCAGUUUCCCAGAUAAGCAGCGCUGGGUGGCUGUUCUGGAGUCAGUGGUGGCCGGCUGCAGAGGAUCCCGAGAGAAAAGCGAAGCGGACGCGGUGAAAGACAACAGUGUGAUAAUUCAGAUCAGGUCAGUGAUCGUGUGUGUGUGUGUGUGUGUGUGUGUGUGUGUGUUUCAGAUCGUGCUGGUGGGCUCAGAGGAGGGUCUGUAUGCUCUGAAUGUCAUUAAGAACUCCCUCACACACAUCCCGGGACUCGACUCUGUUUUCCAGAUCCAGGUCCUGAAGGAGCUCGACAAGCUGCUCAUGAUCACCGGUGAGGAGCGCGCGCUGUGUCUGGUGGACAUCAAACGGGUCAAACAGUCUCUGGCUCAGUCUCAUCUGCCGGCGCAGCCCGAUCUCAGUCCCUACAUCUUCGAGGCAGUGAAGGGCUGCCAUCUCUUCGCUUCCGGAAAGAUCGACACAUGCAUGUGUAUCUGUGCUGCGAUGCCCAAUAAAAUCACCAUCCUGCGCUUCAACGACACGCUCAACAAGUUCUGCAUCAGAAAGGAGAUCGAGACGUCUGAACCCUGCAGCUGCAUCCACUUCACCGGAUACAGCAUCAUCAUCGGCACCAACAAGUUCUACGAGAUCGAGAUGAAGCAGUACGUGCUGGAAGAGUUCCUGGAUAAGAAUGACGUGACUCUGGCCUCGGCUGUGUUCGCCGCCUCGUCCCACAGCUUCCCCAUCUCCAUCAUCCAGGUGUCCAGUGCGCCGCAGAAAGUAGAGUACCUGCUCUGCUUCCACGAGUUCGGUGUGUUUGUGGAUGCAUACGGCCGCAGGAGUCGCAGUGAUGACAUCAAAUGGAGCCGCCUGCCUCUGUCCUUCGCGUACCGAGAGCCGUACCUGUUUGUGACCUACUUCAACUCUCUGGACGUCAUCGAGGUUCAGAGUCACUCUGCGCUCGGGCCUCACGCUUACGCUCACCUGGACAUUCCUAACCCGCGUUACCUGGGUCCGGCCAUCUCGUCCGGCGCCGUGUAUCUGGCCUCGUCCUUCCAGAACAAGCUGCGUGUGAUCUGCUGCAAAGGAAACCUGAGUCAGGAGGCAUCGACUGCAGAUCCGCAGAGAAACGGCUCCACGCGCAGCCCAAACAAGCGCGGUCCUCCCACCUAUAACGAGCACAUCUCCAAGCGUCUGGCUGGUAUGCCCGAUGUACAGGAGGGCCUCCACCAGCCCGGGACGCCCCACCGCUACCACGAGGCUCGCACUGAGUUCAGGCGGGACAAGUCUCCCGUGCGGCCCCUAGACCGAGAGAAGUCCCCGGGCCGGCUGGAGCGGUCCCCCGGCAGGAUGAUGGACCCUCGGCUGGACCACUCGCCGGGACGAGUCAUGAACCUGCGCAGGGAGAGGUCACCCGGCCAUGCGUUUGAGGAGCCCCGCCAAAGACUGCACACGGGAUCAGCUCGAACCCCUAUCAACACUGUUAACAAGGUGUGGGAUCAGUCAUCGGUGUAAGAGUCAUCAGUCAAGAACAUCAGAUCUCGUCCGGAUGAGGAAACUCUCAGCACAACGUCUCGCUCACAAGGCCUUACAAACACAGACGAUCACGCACAGAUCCGGCCAGCGUUUACUAAACCUCACACACACACACACACACUCUCUCUCGCUCUCUCUCUCUCUCUCUCACACACACGCUCAC